CUUCCUUGUGGAUGCUGGUACCCGGAGGCUGCGGAGGACUGCCCUGGAUUCUGACCUCAGCUAUUUUUCACCCCACGGUGAAGGUGGGUCCGGACCCGCCUCUCCUCAGCUUUUUAUAAGGGCAGAGGCCCAGGACUACAGGUUCACAUACCAUGGGGCUAUCCACGAGACAGGACACCUUGCUGCUGGCCUUCACGCUGCUCUGCACCCUCGUGAGUCUUGGGUGCAGUCUAAGCUGUGAAGUGUGUAAUGGCCCCGAGAAGUCAUGCAACGGGAAAAUGAAGCAGUGUGAGCCUGGCAAAGACACGUGUGUGAUCAUCGUGAGCGAGUCCCAUGACAAGGGCCCUUACGUGAGCACCGUCAAGGCCUGCAUGAAGUCCAGAGACUGCCACCCGGGCUACGUGUCCACCACCAUGGGACCCAAUAACUACAUGGUGACCAACACGUAUUGUUGCCAGAGCGAUGGCUGCAACCGCGGCUCGGUGCCCCCUCCCCAGUACAAUCGCACUGCGAAUGGCCUGUCGUGCCCUUCCUGCGUGGUGCCCUUCCGGGAUACGUGCACCACAACCCAGCUAGCCCAGUGUGUCGGCCGGGAAACGCACUGCAUCUACUUGGCGGGCAGAGCGAAGGCUGGAAUCAUCAGCGCCAAGUUUGCCACGCGGGGCUGCGCCACGGAGAGUGCCUGCCGCGCCAAGGCUGGGGCCGAGGUGCCCUCAGCCUCCUACUACUACUUCCUCCAUCGGGCCGACUGCCACGAAGCCAGCCUGCCCUAGGGCAGGGCUGAGUGCAGGACUCAGGAAUAUGUGUGGCUUGAGGCCCGAAGCCCACCAUGUGCUUAUAAAUUAAAGUUGAUGGAGCAAGCCUGA